AUGUGCGGAAUUCAUGCUACAAUCGCUGUGAGCCCCGACCACAAGAUAUCACCGGAGCUAGAGCGAUGCCUCGCCAACAGAGGACCUGAUCAUACUGGGACUGUGGAGACGCAGCUCGAUGGCGCUGAUGACCUCUUUUUGACAUUUACGUCGACUGUUCUGUCGCUCAGAGGCGACCAUGUCACGAAGCAGCCGCUCGUGGAUGCUGCCACUGAAUCUGUCCUAUGCUGGAAUGGAGAGGCUUGGGGCAUUCGAGGAGAGCCCCUGAAGGGCAAUGACGGCGAAGCUGUGCUGACCCUCCUGGCUGAAGCGAGUCGUGGUGCAGGAGAUGUUAUGGAUGUCUUGCGAGCUAUCGAAGGACCAUUUGCAUUCAUCUACCUAGACAAACCUGCCAAGCGGCUUUACUACGGUCGCGAUCGACUAGGCCGUCGGUCGUUACUUGUCAAGAAUGGGGUUCCCUUUGUGCUAUCAAGCAUUGCUGAGACACCGGUCGAUGGAUGGUCCGAGGUCGAAGCUAAUGGAUGCUAUACUCUGGAUCUAUCCGAGGGAGAUUUGUCCAGCGGAAUGAAACCAGAACGGCAUGAUUGGACUGCCGAUACUUCCUUGGUAUCGAGCAUUGGAGUUUUCAACGAUGAAGUUCCGCAGCAGAGUUUUGCUCUCGGGCCAGGCUCGAAAUCUGUAAAGGAGCUACAUUCACGAUUGGUAGAAUCUCUCCAGCUACGAGUCUUGGAUGUUCCGCUACCUCCAAAUGCUACAUCAACGGAUGCACGAGUUGCAGUGCUCUUCUCAGGCGGCCUCGACUGUACGGUUCUUGCACGGCUAUCUCACGAUAUGAUUCCAUCGGAUCAGUGCAUCGACUUGAUCAAUGUGGCGUUUGAGAAUCCCAGGAUAGCGGGGCAGUUCCCGAACCUCUCUCGAGAUGAGCUCUAUGAGAAAUGCCCGGAUCGAAUGACAGGGAGGAAUGCAUUUGCUGAGCUUGGUCGUGUUUGCCCAGGCAGAAAAUGGCGGUUUGUGACGGUAAACGUUCCUUACGCUGAGAACAUCGAGCAUCGUGCUGAAAUCGUCCGUCUUAUCUAUCCCCACAACACUGAGAUGGACCUGUCGAUUGCAUGUGCUUUGUACUUCGCCGCAAGAGGCCAAGGACUUGGCGAAACAACGACAGAGCCAACACCGCAGCCAUACAGCACAACAGCGAGAGUGUUGCUUUCCGGCCUAGGCGCCGAUGAAUUGUUUGGCGGAUACGGUCGACAUGGCGUGGCGUACACCCAGCGUGGCUACGAAGGGGCUGUCAGGGAGCUGAAGCUUGAUGUAAGUCGGCUUGGGCAGAGGAAUCUCGGCCGAGACGACCGGGCUAUGGCGCACUGGGGCCGGGAAGUCAGAUUUCCAUAUCUGGACGAGCGGUUUGUCAAAUGGGCGAUCGAAUCUCCUGUGUGGGACAAGUGCGAUUUCGAGACACCCAGUGGUGAAGGAAAUCUUGAUGCGGAGAAGAGGGUCCUGCGACUGGUAGCGCAGUCACUCGGGAUGAGCUCUGUUUCACGGGAGAAGAAGCGGGCUAUACAGUUUGGCGCGAGAACGGCCAAGAUGGAGAGCGGAAAGGUCAGAGGGACGACACUGCUUUCGAUGUAA